UUGUCAUCCGAACGUAAUUUUAAUUAUGGAUUUAUUCAAACCGAAAUGUAAAAAAAAUUCAACGGAAAAUUAUUCUGUUGAAAUUCUGGCAGUGAUAAUUGCUAGUUUAUCAUCUCUCACCAACGGAAUUUUCUUCAGCUGGCCAUCGCCGUUCAUUUUGAAAAUUUCGAAGGACAAAGAAAACUACGAUAUCAGCGAAGAAGAAGCUUCGAAAUUCGCGAUGCUCCCUUUCAUUUUUGUGAUGCUGAGCUGUCCAAUUUUCUCCAGAUUAGGUGAUAUUUUUGGAAGGAAGCGUAUUUUGCUAUUGACUGCAUUUGUUGACCUAGCCGUUUGGAUACUGAAGGCCUAUGGAAGAAAUGUGUUUGUGUUCUACUUCGCCAGGAUUUUAGUGGGGAUUUCGGAUGGCAUCAUGUUUGCCACAUUGCCUGCCUACCUAGGGGAGGUUUCGUCACCAAACGUUAGAGGCACCUGGGGUAAUUCUAUGAGCGUGUCAUUUCUCACAGGGGAAUUGCUAGUGACUGUGGUUGGAAGUUACUUCAAUGUAUGGCAGACGAGCUACAUUUUCAUUCCUAUACCAAUUGUGUUUUUCGUUUUCUUCUCUUUCCUGCCAGAGUCGCCAUAUUUUUACAUGAUGAGAGGAAGAUAUGAUGACGCGAAGAAGUCGUUACAAAAACUCAGACAGAGAGAUGAUGUAACAGCAGAUUUCUUAUCUCUUAAAGCAGAUGUUGAUAGGCAGAUGUCGGAAAAGGGGACGUGGAAAGAAACAUUAAUGAUAAGGAGCAAUAGAAGAGCUCUUGCUGCUGGAAUAUUCCUUAGGAUUUCACAAGUAUUUGGGGGAGCACAAGCUUUCGUCACUUUCACUCAAUACAUUUUCAAUAAAUCUGUAGGAACCAUUUCGGCCGAAACAUCAUCGAUAAUUUUUAUCAGUAUUGGGCUUCUGCUGAGCCUGUUUGCUAGUUUUGCAGGUGACUGGUUUGGUAGAAGAAAGGCAUACAUUGGAUCACUUUUUCCAUGUGGCUUAGUUCUGUUUUUCGAGGCGAUAUACUUUUUUAUUCAUCAGGAACAACCAGACAUAGAUAUCAGUUCCUACCAUUGGGUUCCUUUGUUUGGAAUGAUACUUUAUUCAAUCUUCAGCUCUUACGGUAUCAACAUCAUGCCUACUCUUAUGCUUGGAGAGUUGUUUUCCGCUAGUUUUCGGGCAAAAGCAAUGACCGUUGUAUUAAUCACUACUGGUACCGCAUCUUUCAGUGCCAACGCUUUGUUUUAUUUUUUUAGUUCCAACUAUGGUCUGUACGCGCCAUUCUUGUUUUUUGGCUUUUGCAAUAUGGUCUCAACAAUUUUAUGUUAUUUUAUCCUACCUGAAACUAAAAAUAGAACAUUAGAGGAAAUUCAGCAAUUGUUGAAAAGGACAAGACCGCAAAGACCCGAAAAAAAAAUUGAAAAACUGAUGGAUGGAUCUGAACUGUUCUGACAAAAACCACCCCACAAUACCUACGACGAUAGAUCAGAGGAUGCAAUGAGGUUGUUUCGAAAGUUUUGUUCAUUUUGAUGUCAUGACAUCGAUGUCCAACCACUAUCCUGAACAUCUGUUGUCGUAGAGGAUUCACUCUUCACCACACGUGACGAUCUGAUCUAAAAUAGGAUCGUUAUUGUUUUGCAAAAGCAAAGAAGAACAGACUUCGAAACGUGAAAAUUUCUGUCGAACUAUGAAACGAAUAAUUUGGCUUUUAUGAAUCAAGCGUAAAUCAGAGCAUUCCGUUUUCCCGAAACUCAAUUGGAGAAACCAUAAUAGUCAUAUCGAAAAUAAAAUGAACAACUACUAGAAAAUAAAUAUUUAAAAAUAAAAUAUCUACCAUUUACCUACCCCGUGGUUCUGGUAAAUGUCUGCUCGGCAACCAAUCAUACAAACUGAUUUGAAGUUAUUUGGAAAGUUGCCGAAUGCACCGUAUAUAAGUAAACAGAAGUAAAGUCACUCCCGGUCGGCCUUUUUAAUGUUUCGGGUCGAGAUUUUAUUUUUUGCUGGCAUGUGGCGGGGCAGGAGGGUAUCGACUAAGAGCUGUUGUGCAUCUCUGCACGAGGUUCGAUCAAAAAUAUGUGACCAUGAUCUGACUUCAUCAUUGCUACGAGGAGCUCCGAAUAAAUA